AUGGCACGCACCCUGGCGAUGUCGGAUAUAGAAAGAUGGCCUGGAUUUGAUUCAAUAACAUCUAGCAGGUCGCGACUCAUUCACAAAAUACGCGACGGCUGCAUCCUAGUAGAAGCCGCCAGCGUGGCCAUGAACCCAACAGACUGGAAGUCUAUCGAACGCAGGGCAGUCCCAGGUGUAACCUUAGGCUGCGACUACGCAAGUAUUGUGCAGAAUUCCAAACCAGGAGAUCAAGUCCGUGGGUUUGUCCAUAAUUACGCCGUCCAAAUGGAAGAUGGUGCAUUCGUGGAGUACAUUAGUCCGAAGUUGACCUAUCCUACUUCUACGACCCAAACCGACGAAGUCACGCCGAUUUUCAUCUACAGCGGCUCAACCGCUACAGGGACCCUGGCAACUCAGUUCGCAAAAUUAUCCGGCUACAAGGCGAUUACGACCCAUUCACGACAUAAUGUCGUCCUUGCCAAAAGAUUAGGAACCGACGAAGAUUGCAAAUACCGAGGCGACUAUAGCGCUCUUUUUCCUGCUACCAUUGAGUGUGAGAAUGUAAAACGUCGGUUCAAGGUGGCUUAUACAGCUUUCAGAAAGAGAUUUCAGUUCGGUGGUAGGGCAUUCUUUCCAGCACCGUUGGGUGCCCAUCCCCCUAGGGUCUGCCUUGGCGGGUUGAGCGGUGUUUCGGAGGGUUUGGGAUUGAUGAAGGAAGGCAAGGUUAGCAGGGAGAAGCUUGCGUAUAACGCUGCAGGGACCCUGUAA